AUGCGUGGCGAGAUUCUCAUUCCUUUGUCCCUGGAUCUAGAACCUGGAAAACGAGGUCGACGAUGGUCCGCAAUCAGUGCCCUGACUCAAAACUACAUUUACGACGCCCGUGUGCUGAUUGGGUGCGUUCAAUCACAUUUUGAUCACGAUACAGAUGGGAAUCCGACCCAUGGCGAGGCGUUCAUCUCAUUCUUGUCCGACCAUCUGCUCUCCUUACCGAAGACUCUUCAGCAGCCGACCUCCUCCCACCGGCUAGAGUGCAAGCGGAUGGCCAAGUCUGAGCACAGUUACCUCAAAGCAGAACGAGAGCGAAACAUCCCGGCGUCCGCCUUGGCGCCACAGCUUGAAUUACCCAUCCAAAGAUCGGCUCGUCUGCGCCUUUGGGGUCAUCGGCAUCACGGAAGUGCUAAGCCCGGUUGGAAACUGCAUAAUCUUCACAGCCAUCCCAUCAUGCCGACUCCCUUUCACCCCGUACCCUGGCUCCUGUUGAGCCUCGCGAUCCACGACUCCCAACUACAUGCCGGAGCACCAGCCUCUCGAAAAGUUCCACCCACUGGGUUUGGAUUGGGUUGCUUGACUGCGUGA